CGCUGCGCAAUUGGCAGUGACGCUCAGAGGAGCGAGGUGCGUGUAACCGAGAGCUAAAAUUGAUUUCGUGAUGAGGAAAGGUGAAGGAGCACAGCGUUGCGAACUGUUGUCUUGUCUUCUUCGGAAAAAUCACAGGGCUCAUUCUUUCUUUAUCACUGAAUACAACUGAGGGAUACGAAUCCGAACUCUUUUUGCGUCAUGAAAUUCAAUAAUUAGACUUUUUUUUUCUCAAAAGGAGACAUGGUCGAUUGAACAUUAAUACGACAUCCAGCCAAAAACAAAAAACCUUAAUAUUUUAAUCACAUUUAACCCAAUAUUUUUUUUCCUUAUAAUAAUGGAUUCGCUCAUCACUUCCACUGACUUCCAAAGUAACUGGACAACAAACUCCACUGCACAGAAUGAAACCGAGAUAUACUGGAACCAGUUUGUGCAACCGGUUUGGAGAAUAGUGCUCUGGGCAGUGGCUUACAGCACAAUUGUCAUCGUCUCCGUGGUGGGCAAUAUCACGGUGAUUUGGAUCAUUCUGGCGCACAAACGCAUGAGAACAGUGACGAACUAUUUCCUCGUGAACUUGGCAUUCGCUGAAGCCUCAAUGUCCGCAUUCAACACCGUUAUAAACUUUGUCUACUCCGUGCACAAUGAAUGGUAUUUCGGACUCUAUUACUGCCGAUUCCACAACUUCUUUCCCAUAGCCGCCGUCUUCGCAUCUAUAUAUUCAAUGACCGCGAUUGCACUCGACAGAUAUAUGGCCAUCAUUCAUCCCCUGCAGCAGAGGAUGUCUGCAACUCAGACGAAGGUGGUCAUCGGGGUCAUCUGGGUGCUGGCUCUUCUGCUGGCCUUCCCCCAAUACUAUUACUCCGACACAGACCAGCUGCCUGGCAGGGUGGUCUGCUACAUCGAUUGGCCUGAGUACACUAACACAAAUUACACCAAAGUAUAUUUUGUGUGUGUAGCAGUGCUGAUUUACUUCCUCCCUCUCCUGGUGAUGGGCUGUGCUUACCUGGUGGUGGGUUUGACUCUGUGGGCCAGUGAGAUCCCAGGAGAUUCAUCUGACCGUUAUCAAGAGCAGCUGACUGCCAAACGCAAGGUGGUGAAGAUGAUGAUUGUGGUGGUAUGUACGUUCGCUGUUUGCUGGCUCCCCUAUCACGUCUAUUUCCUGAUUCACCAGUUCUACCCGCACCUGUUUGAGCAUCCCUUCAUUCAGCAGGUCUAUCUGACUAUCAUGUGGCUGGCAAUGAGCUCCACUAUGUACAACCCCAUUAUCUACUGCUGCCUCAAUGACAGGUAA